AUGACUGAUGGAAAAAAGAGCUAUACUCCUCUCAGCGUAAAUCCUAGACUUAGUCGAGAUGAAGGAACAUGUCUACCAGAUCCCCGUCCUUAUCGUGCUCUUGAGCCAAUGAAACCACACCUCGAAAAAGCGAAGAAAAUUCUGAAGUAUAUUAAUACCUCACUAGAUAUUGGUAUACUCUACGAAAAAGAUGCAAAAUUCGUCUUAAAAGGAUAUGCAGAUGCUGACUUUGCUGGAGAUCGAGACGAUCGAAGGUCCACAUCUGGGUUUGUUUUUCUUUGUGGAAAUACUAGUCUAUCAUGGAGUAGCAGAAAACAAGGAUUGGUAUCCUUAUCUACAAUAGAAGCAGAAUACAAAGCAUCAACUCACGCAGCACAGGAGUGCAUAUGGCUUCGUAGACUCUAG